AUGCAGAAUCAGCUGACGCGGAAUCCUGCUCUGCUGCAACAAGCCGUGGUGAAAAACUUGGCGCGCGCGCUAGAGAACAAAGAGAACGAACUGGACAGCGAAAUCAAGCACCUCGAGUCGCUCGACGAGGACGACUUGGAGCGACUGAAGUGCCAGCGUCGCCGCGAGUUGAUCGCAAAGCAUCGUGCGGACUGCGAGUGGCGCAGGCUGGGCCACGGCGAGCUGCAUGAGUCUCAGAACGAAUUGGACUUUCUCGACUACACCAAACGCAGCGUGAAGAUCUUCGCGUUCUUCUACAAGCCAGACAUCGCGGUCGAGCUGACUGCAGAGCUUGAAGCGGUCUGCGCGGAGCUGGCGCCGAAGCGGCUAGAUUUACUCUUUUUGAAGCUGAACGUUGAGAAGCACGCGCAGCUGUGCGCGCAGCUGCGCGUGAAAGUGCUGCCGGUGUCAGUGGCGCUGCUGCGGGGCCAAGUGGUGCACACGUUUGUGGGCUUUGAAGAGUUUGAGCGUCAAGAAGUACUUUAG